GAUCCCCAAUCAGUCUCUGUCUCUCUUUCCAUAGGUCCCUUCACUGAUGUUGUCACCACCAACCUAAAGCUUGGCAACCCAACAGACCGAAAUGUGUGUUUCAAAGUGAAGACCACAGCACCACGUAGGUACUGCGUGAGGCCUAACAGUGGGAUCAUUGAUGCAGGGGCUGCGAUUAAUGUAUCUGUGAUGUUACAGCCUUUCGAUUAUGAUCCCAAUGAGAAAAGUAAACACAAGUUUAUGGUUCAGUCUAUGUUUGCGCCAACUGACACUUCUGAUAUGGAAGCAGUAUGGAAGGAGGCAAAACCAGAAGACCUUAUGGAUUCAAAACUUAGAUGUGUGUUUGAAUUGCCAGCAGAAAAUGAUAAACCGCAUGAUGUAGAAAUAAAUAAAAUUAUAUCCACAACUGCAUCAAAGACAGAAACACCAGCAGUGUCUAAAUCUCUGAGCUCUUCUUUGGAUGACACUGAAGUGAAGAAGGUGAUGGAAGAGUGUAAGAGACUGCAGGGCGAAGUCCAGCGGCUGCGGGAAGAGAACAGACAGUUCAAGGAAGAAGAUGGACUUCGGAUGAGGAAGACGGCACAGAGCAACAGCCCUGUCCCUGCAUCGGCCGCAGCGGGGAAGGAGGAGGGCCUCAGCACCCGGCUGCUUGCGCUGGUGGUCUUGUUCUUCAUCGUCGGUGUCAUCAUAGGGAAGAUCGCCCUGUAGAGGCAGCAUGCGGAGGGCUCGAUUGGAUUGAUGGAUCCGCCGUAUCAUGGGGUUUAAAUUUAUCAUAAUCAUGUAUAAAAAGAAAUUAAUGUAUGAUGUCAUCUCACAGGUCUUGCCUUUAAAUUGCCCCUCCCUGCGUGUGCGAGUGCACCCACACACACAAAUGUAACAUAUUAUAACAAUCUUUUAGAAAGGUAAAAAUGUAUAGUACAUGAUUGGGGAAAAGAAUGAUCUUUGUUAAUGACAAGGGAAGCCAUGAUUAAAUGGUAAUGGCAUGUGAUAAAUGUCAUUUUAAACAUCUGUAGCCUUGGUCCAUGUUGCUGGUUACCUCUGAAAACACAACUCUCUUCCUCACCUGGGUGCUGGCCCGCUGGAGCCCAGCAUGGUGGGAGUGCCAUCCCCUCCACAGAUAGCCCCACACUGCUGGCUCGCUCCCAGGCUUCUUGUCCGUGUGCUGCCUGGGCGCUCAGUUCCUUGGGACUGAUCAGCAGAGUCAGCCGCCAAGAAUUGUGCUGUGGUGGCAUGGACAGGGUGCUGGGCACGGGUAGGCAUGGGCACCGACUGGCCCGGCACUUCUGAAGGAAAAGUCAGUGCUUUGUUCUCUUAAAGGGACCAAGCUAAAUUCCUGUUGGUUCAUGUCGCAAGAUUGAACUGUAUUCAGAGAUGUUUAAUGCAUAUUUAACUUAUUUAAUGUAUUUCAUCUCAUGUUUUCUUGUUGUCACAAGAUUAUAAUUAAUGCUGUGGCCUAAAAAUCACCUGUGCUACCUAAUGCCGCGGCUAAAGCUGGCAUCGUGGCUGGAGGGCUGUGACUCCUGUCUCUGGAGGUCUGGGCUCUACAUAUGUAUAUAUGGACGUGUGGUUCAUUUGUAUGUUGGAGAACAGCAGCCAGGAAGUAUUUUUCUGUAUAAAUAAUUAACGACUCUUAUAGGGAGGGAGAUUUGUAGUAGUGACAGUCACCUCACCUCUAUCAUGCCCAUUGUAAUGGAGAAGAGCAGCCGAUCUUCCAUCUUGUUCUUUCACUGCCUGCCCCUCAGCCAGCACCCACAUUUCCAGCACAUGAGCCCCAAGCCUGGUCCUUACUGACCCCUGCAACCCAGCUGGGGACCAGGCAGCAGAGGGGCUAGGAGAGGGAGCCAGUCUCUGGGGCAGGGCGGGGUGUGUGGGGAUCUGCAGGUGGCCCAUCUAGCAGGUAGUAACUGAGAGUUUGACAGUGGAGCCAUUUUAUUGCCAUAAAAGACCAAUCCAAUUCUCUUUGACUAUGUAGCAUUUAAAAAAAAAAAAAGUAAAAUAAAGCCCCAGAAUUCAGUUCUUUUGUCAUUUUGUCACAUUUGCUAUAUGGGGGGGAAUUGUUUAUUUUAUCAUCAUCAUCAUCAUUUUGUUAUUGGAAGGUUGAUUUUAAAAUGCACCCUAUCCAUGAGAAAAUGUAUAUGUUUAAUUAUUUAAAUACAUAUUUUGGGGGGCUGGCUUCAACUGCGAGUAUAAAAAUAAAACUGCUGAUCAUCUUAAAGCAGCGGUCUCCCUUGCCCUUCUGUUGCUUUGCCCAUCAAUGCAAAGAAACCCUCCCUCUGGGUGGAGGAACCAUGCAGAACAGACUAGUGGAAGGCACGCUGAACAUGGCUCUAGCAUGCAAAUGGGUUUUAAAAGACAUACCCAUCACCAGGAAGAUGGGUCUUAGAAGCCAUGCACCCCAAGGCUCCUUCCCCCGAGCCUGGCUGGGGCAGUGUGGCCUGAGGUUCUGCUCUGGUGACCCGGUCGGGACCUAGAGCCUAGGAGAUGGGAGUCUCUGGCUGGUCAGUAACUUCCUGUCUUCACAGUAAGUUCACUCUGUGUCCCGAGUACUUGCUGUAAACGCACCACACCUGUCACUCACAUUGCAUGAGUAGGCAGAUGUGGAAGGCUGCCCAGUUAUAAAUGAGUCUCUGUGUUUUUUCCCAUGUGAAUCCAGGAAGUGAAAGGAUUGAGCUGUGAGGCAUGUGCCUUCUGCUACUAAUUUUCUGCAAGUGAACUAAAAUUUGUUCGAGUGUAGGAACUGCAGCAGAGUAAUUCUUAUGUAGCCUGCAGUACCUCAUGCCUGGGAGGGAAGCGGAGUGAUUAGGAGGGCCGCAAACAGACCGUUGCCCUGGAGCAGGGUCUGCAGGCCUUCUUAAAAGGCAUGGCUGUGUGUUCUGAUAAAGCUUUAUUCACAAAAACAGCUGGUGAGAUUUGGCUUGUGAGGCUGGAGUUUGCUGGUGCUUCCCUAGAGUGACAGUUCUUUAAAAAAGUGCCUGGGAAGCCUCUGCUUUGGGGGUUUGAAUGUGCAUGACAGCAUUUUGUGGACGUCUCGAAGCUUUGCAGAGGAUGUGGGCAUUAAUGUUUGUAGCUAAAAAUCAAGAUUUAAAAUCCAGAGUUGUCUCUUCUUUCUAACUAAACAUCCUGUAUAAUCUCUUUCCCACUUAGUGGUUCAGACUUGGUGAACAUGUUAGUUUGUGAGGCUUUUUGGCUGAGAGGGAGAAGGGAACUCCCCAGGGAGGGUAGUGGCAGGGAGAUUGGCUGUUCUGAGUCAUCCUGGUGAGUAGAGAACAUGUCAAGAGAGAAUGUGUGAGGAGCCAGCUCUGCUGAAGUUCAGGGACCACUUUAAGCUGUAACACUCAAGGGCUUGACCCUGGAGAAACACACGUUUCAGGGGUCUUUUCUGGGAAAAGGGGAAAACGAGAGGAAGGCAGAGAGGUGGAUGUGUGGUCCUAGCACGCGGUCUGUUCUGUCCUGAGAGGAUGGGAGUCAGAUAGUUGGAAUAAACUGGCACAGAAUGAGGCUGGCACUGGUUAGGGUGCUGGCCAGGAACUAAGCUGCGUGAUGUGGGCAGGUUGGUUGUGGGUUUCAAAGCACCUUGGAGUGCGGUGCCCUUGUUUUAGAAAUACCCACCACGCAGCUUGCAAGGACUGAGAUGUAAGCAGUAACAGAGUCCCAUAAAUUUUUAUUGAUUGGAUUUUUAAAUGGAUAAUUUAAGCUUCCUUGGCAUGAUACAAAAAUACCUCUUGAAAAGAGCAGGCUAUAUUAUUCGUAGGUGUGAGGACCCGGCUUUAAUUUUCUCUCUCCUAGUUUGCAUGUUUUCCCUCGUUAGUCUUUCUAAACUGCUGGCACCAGCACUAAUAAAUACUGAUAAAAUCAAAAUUGAUUUUUACCAGUGGACAGUUUAUGCCUAGAGAGACAGCUUAUACCUACAUAACACAGAAGGGGGAAAAAUGAAGAACCUCCAGUGAUCCAUGAAAACCUAAACGCUUUUAAACAAAUCCCAGGAACAGAAUUGCUAUCGAAAGAUACCAGUGCCGGACUUGUAGGCUGUGGCAAGUCAGAUAGAACUGAAGGCAGUGAUAGCUCAGAGCUAAAUAGCCUUUCAAAUUAAUUUGAAAACAAGCCUUGUGUGUGUACACAUGUACGUGUGUGCCACAUGUGCCAUAUGUAAGUAGCUUCCCAUUUUUCCAAUGGUGCCUGUAUUUUUUUGCACGGACAGACCUCUGUAUUUGCAAGCUCUGAAUCCAUGCCAAAAUGCAAUACCAUUUGUCAUUUUCAGUUCCUUCUCUAGAGAACUGGCCCAUUUACAAGUUUCUGGUUCUGGUGUGUUUGUUAAGUUCUCGGUUUACAAGAAAAAAGGAGAGAUGGGACUUGGGCUGCAAGGUCACCUUGAACACUGGAAUGACCUGACCUCUGGGACCAUGCUGGCGGUGGCAGGUCACUGAAGGGUGUCCUUCUGGGAGCCUUGGUUCCCAGAGCAGCCUCCCCUGCCCCUUUCUUUUGAGCCCAUCUGGCUAGAGGAAGAACAGAAAGAACUAAGUAAAACUAUGGAAUGAAUCAGAAGUCGCUACUGAGGAGUCCCAUCUCCAGUAAGCCUGGUCUGUUUGCUGUUGCUGAAACGGAGUUGGGUUUGGCCCCUUGAAGGGUAGAUAGGUGACUACAGUUUGCGGUACUUAGAUCUAAUCAGGCUGCAAGGCCCCCAGGUUUCCCUUGUGAAGGGGGGCCCCGCCUGAUUACAUUUGCCAACCACCUUUUUUUUUUAACCUUCCUCAGACAGAGCUGUUGUGAUAGGACCUUUUAGAGAAAGUUGCUGUUGUGGCCCUGUGCAUUUCUGGUAUGUUCGCUCAUUGAACGUUGCCCUCGCAAUGACUGGCUGAGGGGAGAGGGGGGAAACAAAGCCUCCAGGAGGCUAAGUUGGGUAACUUGUUAGACCCUGUUUGGAGUGAAGUCCAUCUCUGAAACCAGCUGCAGGGCAGGAAUCAGCAAGCGACCGUAGGAUGAGCUAAGUCCCUGUCUCAGACCGAUGCACACCUUUAUACAUUUGCCACGCUCUUACCUUAUGUAGUUAUUUUAACGAGAAAGUGGCUGGAAUCAGGGCUUUCCUUCAGAUGGUUUUUGUUUUUGGAACUGAACAUAUGUCAGACUAAAGAAAUGUGCUUUCCGUUUUCCCACUGCCUGCAGCCUCUGCCUCCUGCUCCCAGGAGUGAGUCUGGGGGGGCUUUAGGAAGCAAAUGAGCAGUCUGGGGAGGUGGUGAGGAGAGUGCUGGUGUAAAUUAACUGCGAGCUGGCUUGUUAGAAGGGGCGUCCCAGGAGUGGCCUGCCAGGGUUAGGAAACAGCCGGGCUGCUGGGCUGCUGGGCUCAGCCCUCUCUGGAAUCAGCUUGCAUUUCUCCGGGAAAUCGUUGAUGAGAGCCAGUAAUAGCAGACCCUGAUCCAGAGCAUUGGCCCAGUGGCAGACUUGGAAGGCUGGGAAAAUGAAUCUCCAACCAGAGUCCCAAACCAUACUCCUCAUCCAAGUCCCACUGGCCACCCCUGCACACACACACACAGCCCAUGUCUAGGGACUCAGACCUCCCUUUGAGAGGUUUCUUUAUCUCUCGCUACACCACUGACAAAUAAGGUUUUGUUUUAAAUUAUUUUCAUUACAGAGGUAUUUUGAAAAAUUUAGAAGACGUGAACACAUAUUCACGGCUGUGCAUUAUAGUUAAAAGUGAAGCCGUGGAGGUGGAUGAGAGGUUGCCCCGAUUAACAUAAUUACUUCGGAUUUUUUUCUUAAUGGAAUUAAUUCAUUAGAAAAUGUCGGCAUCCGAUCUGUAGGAAAGGAAGACAAAGCUAGCAACAAAAAUAUAGCUAUUAUCUCACUUGCCAUAAAUAUUUGCAAUUAUGAUACCUUGGAAUGCUGCCACGAUAUGGAUUGCUUUGAUUAAAAGAUGUCAGUUGAAUAAAACAGUACUGGGGGAUAAUAGUUUUCUGCUGCUAGAUAAAUGCUAAUGUUUAUUUUUAAACCCGGAAACAUUGAUCCUGUGACAAUGCCCCAUUACAAUUACUUUAUUAUCCCACAGGGUUGAUGUAUAUUUAAUCAUUUGGCUAAUGGAUGUGGGUGCCGUCCUGAGGCUGGCUCACUGUCCUGUGCACCCGUUUGCAUUCUGAUGAGCGGUGGGAGCGCCCCGGGCCGCUGCAAGGCAGGGCCGCUGCAGGUGGGGCUGUUGCCCGGAGCUUGUUUCACCCGUACCCAAGGGUGGGUCUGGCUGAAACCAAACAGGUUGCCUUUUAUUUGUUGUUUCACUUCAGUCAACACCAACCAGGAGAGACGAAUCAGUUAUCUUAACACAAUUUCGUUAAGGCUUCUUGCUAAGGACGCAUCCCUUUUUGCGAUCGAAGCCGAUGACAAAUGAGCAUUCAUGCUUCUCACCUUGACUCGGUGGCUUUCCAUGUAGCACCCAAAGCUCUGGUUCUGUUCAUGAACCAUUUGUCUGCAUUCCCAUCUUUCGUUUGGGUUUCAGAAGUAAGCUAAAUUCAGCUGCUACUCCCUAGUCCAGCAUUGAGUUAGAAAUAUAUAUUUUUCCUAUUGACCCUUUUACUUGGAAUCAAAGAUUAGAAUUUAUUGUCUAAUCCUGAGACCAUGUGGACAAGAACUUCUUGCUUUUCCUCAUUUACUUACUCAGCAAACAUUUUUCAGUUCACCUUCUCUGUUAGUUACCAUACGAGAUUCUGGGAGUGAUUGUUUUCAUGGUUUUCAUUCGUAAGGCAAUUCAAGCUUUACACAGAGAGGAAAAUGCAUUUGGCUCUUAUUUCUGUUGCUAGCGUUUCCUUUUUAAAGACAGUUUAUAAACUGCCAUUUGGAACUUUCUAGAAGAAACUCAGAAUGAUCUUUUUCAAUGUUCCCUUCACCUCCUCCCUCUCUGAGUAAUCCUGCUGUCCUUCUGCUUUACAUCUUUCUGUCUGUCUGGAACAAGGUCUCGCAGCAUGUGUGCAUUGUGGCUCCACUGUGCAUUCACACUUUGGGAAUUAAGUGUGUUAAGAGAUGUCUUAGAAUGCUUUCGUUUGCAUAAUUUUUCUUUGAUGUAUUUUAAGUUGCAUUUCCUGUUUGGACAUGGAAUUCAUUUAAAAAGUCGGUGCAGGAAAGGACUCUUCACCAUGCACAUUCUGGUUAUCUGAUGUGUAAUCAGUUCGAGGUUUUCUGGCUCACGUUGGCAUUUGCCAGAGGGAAGGAGAUGUCUUUCUCCGGUGUCCAGAUCGGGAGAGACCCGCACAGCAUGUUCUCACAUGUUCCCUGGCAGCCCAAAGAAGCCGGCCCUGCCAAGGCAUAAACUUUUGUACUAGCAGUGUCCAUAUUAUGUUCAAUAAACUCUGUGCUCUGAAUGUAUUUAAA